UGGUGUAAUAGGGGUGGAGCCAUGGUGGAGCUGUCGAAGUUGAAGACAAGUUUUCCGUUCACAUGUAGAGGAUUACGAUUAUGUGACGCAAUAUACAGAAUAAGUAAUAGAAUAAGUAAUAGAAGUGAUCAUACUAUUUCUCUUCACCGUGCACUCUUUAGUGAGUGACAACUUGAAAGGAUUGGAAUGCAUUGGUCUACUAAAUGGUCUGUCACCUAUUUCUACCCCUUAAGGUUGUUGAUGAGUGCUUUGAAACAAGAUUCACAAACUGUAUAUAUCUACAUGAAAACAAUAAAAUCUUAAUGUCUCGCAACGUGGAACAGGUUGAAAUUAGGCCUAUAAAAACAGUCGAAUGCAUCCCGGACUCAUUCGCUGGUUACCUCUCGAAAGAAAAGCAAAGGAAAAAUGAAACUCUAUUUGGUACUUAUACUUGUGGUCUUAGCCGUGGCCGUUGCAAACAAAGAUAAAGAAGACGAGAACCUAUGGAAAUCUUACAAGCAAAAGUUUGGUAAAAAACAUUCACCCGAGAAAGAAGCUAGGAGGAAGCAGAAUUUCAUUCAAAGACAGCGGGCAAUUGAGAAACACAACCGCGAGAACAAGGAAUGGAAAAUGGGAAUUAAUAGGUUUACCGACAUGCCGGAAGAAAAAAAGAAGGCAUUCCGCGGAGCUAAAAUGUUCAAAAAUCGUGUAAGGUCUGCUGAAGCCGGAACCGUCUAUCCUGUUCUUGAUCGUUCACUUCCAACUAUGAUUGAUUACAGGAGGCAUAGAUGCAUGUCGCCGUUAAAAGUGGACCAAGGUGAAUGCGGUAGUUGCUGGACUUACGCAGCCAUCUUGCCGAUAGAGUUCAACAGUUGCAGGAAAACAGGCACUCGAGUUUCGUUGAGUGAACAAAUGUUGGUCGACUGCGAUCCUUACAAUAACGGUUGUAACGGUGGAGAUUACACCGAAGCUUGGCGAUUUAUCAAGGAGAAAGGCGGAGCUAUGCGUUCUUCAGCUUAUCCAUACGUCUCUGCAACUACUCUUACGAACGGCACCUGUAAAUUUAGAAGUACUUCAGUGGCCGCCAAAGUUUCGUCUUAUGACUGGACAAUGCCCUACCCAAACGAAACUGUUUCUAUGGCGCACCUGCAAAGGGACGGACCUCUGGCGACUUCCAUGAAAGUUCCAGAUUCCUUUUUUGACUACGCAUCGGGAGUCUACAGCGAUCCUGCAUGCAUUGUUGCUGAUGAAAAUGAUGUCGAUCACGCCGUUGUUAUCGUGGGUUACGGUACUACCAAAGCCACAAAAGCUUUACCUGCCACUCGUCACUGGAUCGUUCGUAAUUCUUGGGGCUCCGGGUGGGGUAUGGGGGGUUAUUUCUUAAUAAAGCGGGGCGUUAACAUGUGUAACAUUGAAUCAUGGACAGCUUACGUCAGAGUUGUCUAACACUGAUGCUAUCAAAUGAAAACAGCCCCAUCGCAUUUCAAACGUCGAAAACAGUAGUUAGUAAAUAAACUUUUAGUUAUUGCAUUAGACUUGGAACAGUAUUUUCCAACUGUCUGGCGUGGGGGGGGGGGUAUAGGAUUUUAGGGAUUUUAACGAUUUUAACGAUUGUUAAUUCUGAAAGAGCUAUUUUCGAAUGUUAAACCGAACUUGGCCCAAAUUCACAAUCGCUUUCAGCUACGUAACAGUCUUUAAAAUGCUUGUUAAACUAAAAUUAUACGUUUGAAAUUCCUUUUGUUGUUUAAAUUUGUUGUUUCAUUUAACGUAAACGUGGAUUACGCUGUAUGUAACCAUAAAAAUCGUGACCAAAUUACUGUUUCUUCCCUUUUUCUUUCUCGUUAGUAACUAGUGCGCAAAACGGGACAGUUUACUGUAACGCCAUUGUACGUUUAAUUUGCUGACGGAAGAAUCGUUUAUACCACUGAAUUUUAUGGGUGCGUGUUCUACUUUUGUGUUAUAGGGUUAGUUUGGGUAUCAACCGAGUCAGUCACAAUUGAGAACCAUACGAAGAACACACGGUUCAAACGUUGUCUUAAUAAAUAAGCCUUUCUAGUUUCAA